AUGGGUGGAACUGAUACAACAACUAUCACUAAUGCCAGACUACUAAAACGAUUCGAAGAGUGGCGAUGUUGCGGUCGCGGAACAUCCGAAGAUACUAUGAUAUUUUUAAAAGAUAUUCAGCUGUUAUCACAGGUUAAUCCACGACGACGCUGUAAUUGGUCUUCUUGGCUGUUAGCAUGUCUCACAUGUACAUGGCCAUGUUAUUUGUGCUGUGUUAUGUGCUGUCGACGAAGAACAAGAGUCAUCGAGGUUCGAGGCGCGUUUGGUACCGAGGAAUUUUUGAUAUCUUACUUAGAUGUCCGUGAUGCUUGUGCACAAAUACCAACUGCUGCGGCGUUCAGCUACAAAACACGAAAUUAUAUAUAA